GUAAUCUGGGAAUCGACAGUGGUAGAUGCGGAAUGAGUCGAUAUACUAUAAUAAUGCGUUGUACUCACACCGGCAGUCAGAGAAGAGACCGAUAUAUGGCGCAUUGAAUGUUCCGUUUAUUUUGCUAAUUACCUCUCGGCGUGUUUCAAGUGUUCAUUCAUUAAACCUCUGGAGUCUUCACUGAUUAUUCGGAUAUUAUUACAUUUUGAUGUGGAUGUAAGCUAGUGAAGAAGUGGGGCCAGACGUUUAAAACAGCUGUAAUGGUGGACUUAAAUGAAACAUUCAACUUUUCAGACUUUGAUACCCGGCAUCAUGACUACCCACUUAGUAUGCUAACACCCGUGCCAGUGGGGGAGGCAGCAGUGAAAAUUACUAUAUAUACCCUGCUUAUUUUGAUUGCUUUAAUAGGAAAUACUCUCAUCAUUUUGGUAGUUUUAAAAAACAAACGAAUGCAGACGACCACGAACUACUUUUUGGUGAAUCUGGCGGUGUCUGAUUUGGUGGUGUCCCUUUCCUGUUCGUGGGUCCACUUGGUGGACGAUUUAACAGAGGGUUGGGUCCUUGGAGCUUUCUUCUGUUCGUUUAACUCGUUUGCACAAGUGGCAUCACUCAUAUCGAGUAUUCUUUCACUUACACUGGUAGCAUGCGACCGAUUUUUUGGAAUAGUGUACGCCAUGAAAGCCCACAUAAUAGAGAGAAAAGCUAAACCUGUGAUAAUAGCCAUAUGGGUGAUUUCGGUUGCAGUCGCUAUACCUAUGUUGAUCUUCAGGAGAGUGCAAGAAAGACAUUGGAAAAAUCAUGUGGAAAGGUGGUGCGAUGAUGUAGAGUGGUCGAUAGACUUGGACAGUGAAGAAACCCACUACCAUCGGGCGAGUCGCGUGGCCUACUGGACAUGUGUGUCCGUCAUUCUCUUUUUUCUGCCGAUCAUUGCGAUGAUUGGUGCAUACUGUGGAAUUAUAAAGACACUGUGGUCAACUAAGAUUCCCGGGGAACGUGUUUAUAAAGAGAAUGCAGUGCAAACAAAAAUGAAAAGAAAGGUAAUAGUUAUGCUGAUCGUUAUAUUGGCGGUGUUCGCUAUCUGCUGGUGCCCAAUUCAGAUCACACUUUUAUAUUCAGAGUACAGGGAUCAUACAAAACGGGUCGAUGUACAAUGGAUGGAAUGGUCUGUCCUCAAAAGCCUACGACUGUUGGUUGAGAUGUGUGACCAGGAUAGCAACCAAAUUUAUACCCUCUCUAAAAUGAGUAAAUUUAAACUUGAGGAGUGGUACUCGCACUUAGAAUUCUCUGCCAGAUUACUAGCGUUUUCUAACAGUGCUUUUAAUCCUUUAAUAUACGCUGGCUUCAACGAGAACUUCAGAAAAGGUCUCUGCAAUCUUUUUGGUUGUUACAAAAAGAUUCGUUGGACACCGGUUAACCGCAUGGAUUCAUUUAGAAGCACAACUUUCAAUUCUACAAAGUCAGAGCAACUAGAUUUAAUUAACCGCCAUUAUUUUUUUAAAGAAAGCAUUGAGCGUCCAGCGUCGAAAGCGAUACAUUCCCCGUAACGACACGCGACGUAGUACCACGACCGUAACAUUCCACGCCGUGCAGGCAGAGGACGUGUUGUAACAUUGGUUAGCAUCAACGUUGUGAUUUCUUUGUCAGUUGUAUCAAUUUGUAGAUUCAUGUAUUUACUAUUAAAGAAUCUGUUUACA